CUCACCUUGGGUCGCCCAUAGCAGCUCCUGAAGAUGUGAGCAAUGUGCAUAAUGUCCAGUGGCAGCAUUCUUGGCUUUAUUCACCAGAGAUGUGUCAUCUUAUCUGGCUGCUAAAGAAGAUCAAAAAAAAAAGCAAGCCACAGGUCAUUUCUCUGAGCUGCCUGGAACAGCCCCAUGCUGUUGGCACCAGCCUGACUUCAGGAGGGACAGGUCUGUGGAUGUGCUGCACUCUGCUUGGGCUGGGGUGCAGUGACAAGGCUCAGAGCUGUGCCUGCUGCUGCUCUCACCCCACAACGGACUUGCUGAAGGAUUCCUACCCCUCCACAGAGCAAUAAUAAUGACCCAGCUGCAGUUUAAAGAUGCUUUUUGGUGCAAGGAGUUCACCUUCCACACUGGCUAUGAGGUGCUUGUACAGAGGCUACUGGAGGGGAAGAAGAUGUGCAAAGAUGUGGAGGAUUUGCUCAAGCAGAGAGCACAAGCAGAAGAGAGAUAUGGGAAAGAGCUGGUUCAAAUUGCCCGAAAAGCAGGAGGACAAACAGAAAUCAAUACACUGAAGGAAGCAUUUGAGAUGCUCAAGCAACAAAUUGAAAGUGUUGGAAACUCUCAUAUCCAGCUGGCAGUAAUGCUGAAGGAAGAACUGAAAGGAAUAGAGGAGUUCCGAGAAAGGCAGAAGGAGCAAAGAAAAAAGUACGAGUCUGCAAUGGAGCGGAUGCAAAAGAGCAAACUGUCCCAUUAUAAGAAAACAAUGGAGUCCAAGAAGACCUACGAGCAGAAGUGCAGGGAGGCGGAUGAGGCUGAGCAGUCCUUUGAACGCACCAGCGCCGCAGGCAACCCAAAGCAAACAGAAAAGAGCCAGAACAAAGCCAAGCAGUGCAGAGAUGCAGCAAAUGAAGCAGAGAACGUUUACAAACAGAACAUCGAGCAGCUGGAUAAGGUCAGGACGGAGUGGGAACAGGAACAUAUCAAAACCUGUGAGGUCUUCCAGCUGCAGGAGUGCGACCGCAUCACGAUCCUGCGGAACUCGCUGUGGGUGCACUGCAACCAGCUGUCCCUGCAGUGUGUGAAGGAUGAUGAGAUGUAUGAAGAGGUUCGGGUCAGCUUGGAGAACUGUGUUGUAGAGUCAGACAUAGACUACUUCAUUAAGACAAAAAUGACAGGAACACAACCUCCAGAUGCCAUAGGGUACGAGAGCUACUACAGCAGAGAGCCCAGCCGGCGCAGCAGCAGCCCCACCCAGUCCUGUGGGAUGAUCAAGAGAUUCUCUGGACUACUGCAUGGGAGCAGCAAAAACAACACAGAAACUGCCACUCCUUCAGCCCCUCCUCUGGAGAGAACAGAAGGAGUCUAUGCAUCCAUUUUUGUAAAUGAAAAAGCUGAGAUCACGUCAUCACAGGACUACAGAGUACUUUAUGACUACACAGCACAGAACGUGGAUGAACUGGACAUCAGUGAAGGAGACACUGUGGUUGUCAUCGCAGAAAACGAGGACGGCUGGUGGACAGCAGAAAGGAACGGGCAGCGAGGCUUCGUGCCAGGCUCUUACCUUGAAAAGCUUUGAUGAAGAGAAGCCCCAGUCCUCAGACUUUACAAAUAUCCUAUUUCUGAAAACAAUCAGCACACAAGGUCUGCUUCAGCUGACCAAGAGCAUCCCAAUAAUAAUGUUUUCUACAAUUACCAGUCAGGAAAUAACAAACUGACCAUGCUUUUCUCUCCCUUGCUCCUGCCUCAUCCCAUUAUUCUCCUGGCCUACACUAUCUGCAAGAAACAUCUUUACUCCUAAGAGAUUAGGGCUUGCAUGUGUUGGCACAGCCCUACCCUCAGCACAUUGUGCUGCCAGCAGUGUUUCAAAGCCUGGCGAUUCUGGGAGGAAAAUCCCACCCAGAUCUCAACUGUGCAAAGGGAAAAGAUCACAGAAGCAAGUGCAGCUUCUGCAGGAUGGAGGACUGUCCCCAGCCAGCCUGGGAACCACCCUUACAGUCAUGACAGCCACGUUCUGUGCCACAGAUCCCUCUCUCCCCAUGCACAGGCCAUGCUGGCAUUUUUGACAGAGGAUGAUUUCUCAGUCAUGGAUGAACCAGUGAAUGCACCCAGAGAGGAGCACCUGAAGGACCAGGUAGGAAAACUUGAGGCACCCCCCUUCACAACCAUCUCCUAAGACAGUGAAAUCCACGCUAGCCAUGGGCUCUGCUUUGCACUGGAUUCUGGGACAGAUGAUGGGCUCACGGCUCGCUUUUGCCUUGGUUGGAAGGUUUCCCUAAGGCCUCUCUGGGAUUAUGAAGUUUAAAAAUCCAACAACACAAAUAGCAGCUAAGCCAAGCCCCCAGCAGUGCAGCACUGCCCUGAUUCCUCUCCUCUGAGCCCCAGAGGAUUGCCAGUUACCUCCCCCUGCAAUGCCGGCAGGGCAGGCUCCCUUCCACUGAGCCUCUCCUCCUGCCCGCGGGCUGCUCUGGCUCCAUCUGCUGCCUGCAGCCUCUGCGCUUCUGCCAUUGCUGCCACAGGGACAUCCCGGGCUCUUUCCAGCCACCUCUAAUGUGCUCAUUCUUCAACAAAACCUCUUCAGAGAGGUUGCACUGUGCAGGUUCACUGUAUUUCACAGAUUUCAGCUCUGUCAGUCUUUCUAGUUUAAUAUUUAAGAAUGUUUCCAACUCUUACUGUACUGUACAAGGGAUUGGUGGAUAGUUUCUGCCAUUCUUCCCUUUUCAUUAUUUCAAGAUAGUUAAAAAAUUUUAAAACCUGGUAAUUUAAUUUGAAUCAGAGCAAACUAUUUCUGGGGGCAGAAUGACUGUUUACCAAGGUUUCAGGUCUUCAAACUGAAUCAAGACUCUGACAAUUAAUCUCAUUGCUACCCGAAAGGCAUGGAGGAGGGAGGAACUGUUAGCUCAGACACACAAAACAAAGACAAGAGAAAUUAGGACAAAAUAAAAAGGUGUAAUGGUCAAGGUAAUCUUUUCUUAAAUGAAAUACAGUGAAGGUCAGAGGCACUUGCAGUAUCUUAUUAGAAUUCUUCCUUCAAGAGUGGAACAGAAGUUGCCACAGGCCCUUUUCCUUUGGCUGCCUGCAGUCCUUUGCACAGGCCCUUGUCCUUCCCAGGCUCCCCAGUUCCCCCCAGCACAUCCACACCAGGGCUGGAGGGCUCCGAGCCGCUGGCAUCAGCACAGGCUCGGGGGCUGGGAUGGCACUGAAGGCAGCAGCGCGAGAACAGCAGCGCUGCCCAGGCUGGAAAGGGAAGGAGAGGUUCCUGUGACACACCUCAAGUGACACAAAGGUGCACAAUGGCUCCAGCUUGACCAGGACAGUACGAGUGGAGGCUGCCCAACAACCACACAUCCUCCCUUGUUAGCUACAGCAGGAGAGGGAACCAAAAGCACAAGAGAUUUAAUGUAUUCACGUCUUCAACACUCAAUCUUCCACAAAGAAGACUGUAAUGAACCAAUAAAUAAAUU